CGAUCCCACCUCUAACCCACCCGCGCUCGCCGUACUUCAACCCGGAGUACGUCUUCACCACUUUUCUACAUCCAGAAAACCUUAGAGCUUUGAUUUCAUCUGAUCGUGUUCCUCCUCUUUCCCCUCGCUUCCGCCGCAAUUCCUACCCUACGUCAGUCAGGCCUUGCCGGAUUUCGUCUUCCGCUGCCGCCGCCGCCGCCGCCGCUCUAACUUUGGUCUGGUUUAAUACCACAUUCUCAUACCUACAAUCAAGCUGGCAGGGAAUAAGCGGAGAAGUUUUUCGAGCCAGGGUGGGUUGCUGAACAGAAUGUUCAGUGGCUCUUCGAGCCCACCCAAAGACAAAUCAAAUUCAGUUCCACACUCCGGUGCUGUCGAUACACAAUCUUUGAGUGUACAUCCCGAGGAAGGCGGUGUAACCCAUACCAGCAAAUCUCUGCCGUCCGGUGGUUUCUUUACGAGAAGGACUAGCGAAGACCAGGGCCCUGCCGGGGAGAAGAAGCGCCGGAGUAGCACAGUCACGAAAGCGGCGACGUUUUUCACCAACGCUAAGAAUUCGCUGAGUUUGAGUAGUAGUCCUCGCGAAUCUUCAUCGUUCAAUUACACGGUUCGAUCUCCGCAAACGUUGCAGUCACUUGGGAGCAUGGACCCGGCAUUGAGUGUCCCACAAGGGUCAUUGAACAAUUCGGCUGGCGAUUCGCUACCCACUCCUCGCUCAUCGUUCAAAGUUGGUGUCACAGAAGACCGGAAUCGAAAAUGUCGCCGGACUAUGGAAGAUACCCAUGCAUAUCUCUACAACUUUUUGGGGACCCCCGCACCAUUAGCCCGGGCUGAUGGCGAGAACCAGCUUGGUUCUUCCCUCACACCUGUAGAAGCGUCCAGCGUUGUUGAAACCGACAAUGGGUAUUUCGCCAUUUUCGAUGGACAUGCCGGCACAUUCGCUGCUGAAUGGUGUGGGAAGAAAUUACAUCUGAUUUUAGAGGAUAUAAUGAAGAAGAAUCCCAAUACGCCCGUUCCGGAACUUCUCGACCAAACAUUCACUAGUGUUGAUCAGCAGUUAGAGAAGUUACCUGUGAAGAACAGUGGGUGUACUGCUGUCAUUGCCCUUCUACGAUGGGAAGACCGGAUCCCCAGUUCGCAUUCGGCAACUGGCUCUUCGGCACUUGCUCCCGCAGCAGCCGCAGCCGCAAAGGGCGAUUCCACUUCAGAAGCCGAUGACACACCCACUCAAGCAACCAGUACUGGCCCGUCCAUUCUGCCCAAAUUGCAAGAGAAAGCUAUACGGCAACGUGUCUUGUACACGGCCAAUGUGGGUGAUGCUCGUAUUAUUUUAUGUCGCAAUGGCAAGGCGCUCCGGUUGUCCUACGAUCACAAAGGUAGCGACGAAAAUGAAGGAAAGAGGAUAGCCAAUGCCGGGGGUUUGAUACUUAACAACAGAGUAAACGGUGUUCUCGCAGUGACCAGAGCCCUGGGUGAUGCCUAUCUCAAGGAUCUCGUCACCGGGCACCCGUAUACCACGGAGACCGUGGUCCAACCGGACUCUGACGAAUUUAUUAUAUUGGCCUGUGACGGGCUGUGGGAUGUCUGCACUGACCAGGAAGCCGUGGAUCUUGUUCGAAAUGUCCCAGACGCUCAGGAAGCAUCUAAGAUUCUGGUCGACUAUGCUCUUGCACGAUUCAGUACAGAUAAUCUUUCUUGCAUGGUCAUCCGACUCGAUACGGAUCGUGUCAAGGAGGUCAUCAAUAAGACCGCUGAGCCAAUUGGUGUGGCUGGCGAUCCGUCUAUGGAUGUCGAGCACGGCGUGAGCGAAGCAGACAAGAUUAUCGAGGGGGCAAGAAAGAGCAUGGCCAAUACAGACAUUGCAGACGAUAGUGAAGCAGCUGAGAAGGUCAAAGAUGAAAUUUUGCAUAAAAUGGCUGAUGGCGAACCCGGGCCAGAGAUGUCAGUGGACGAUUCUAAUGAUGCACCAACCGUCAGCCACUUAAACAAGUCUGAUGCAAACAACGGGAAUCCCUAAGCAUCAGGUAGAAACACCUGCGAGACUGACGUCGUAUCCGAAAGAGAGGAUAGAAAGCUUUGAGCUACGUCCAUAUCUCGGUACAGACAAUGAAUUUGCAUCUUUGUUUUUUUGUUACCUUCUCUUUCUGCCCUCGUUUAUCUCAACAACCUACUGGCGUCGAUCGCAGCCUGGGGACUUGGGACCUCUGGUAGCCCACGGUCACCCGGUAUUAUCUUCUUCUCCUGCCCCUUGAGACCCAAAAUAUGUGGGUUUUACUGGUUCUCCUUUUGUUUCUGGUUCUGCACUCUUCUGUUUUCUCAUCUACAUGUAGAGGUACUCGACCUCUGCUUUUAUGCC